UGACACGAGGGGGUGAAUGCCUGCAAAGUUCAUGUCGUAGAACUCACGGGAUGAAGGCGACGAGCGGAGCAGUAGCGCUCUUCCUCGUGCUCGUUCUUCCGCAGGCGACUCUCCAAGCUGUUCGUCUGAGACUUUUGGACGAUCCUCUUGCAAGAUGCCUGGAUGGAUCAAACGCGGGUUUCUACUUUCGUUCCUCGCAGUUGGCCUCGAAGAAGAACUCUUGGAUCAUACAUCUCCAAGGAGGUGGAGAAUGCGUCUCUGCUAGCGAGUGUUCGCGUAAGCUGAAUGCUCCGUUGGCGUCAUCAAAGUUCUUUCCCCCGGAGAUCAACCUCACAUGGGACUCUUCGGGAUGUGCAAACCAGUCAUCAGUGGAAGCGAGUUGGGGAAAGUUUGGGUGGUGGCUGUGCGAUGGGAGUUCGGAUUCGAACCCAGACUUCUUUGGCUUCAAUCAUGUUUGGCUUCCAUACUGCUCGCAAGAUCUCUGGUCUGGUCGGCAGACAAACUGGACCAAUUUGACAGGAAACCUGAACGUGAUCUAUGCUGGGCAUUUCAUCUUCAAGGCCGUUUUGAACAGGCUCGACGAUCUCGGGUUGAAGAAUGCAGAACUGAUCAUCUUGUCGGGCAACAGUGCAGGAGGGAUGGGCGUCUGGCUGCACGUGGACAUGCUGGCGCAACGCUACAAGAAGGCUCAAGUUGUAGGAGUUGCCAUCGCCGGCUACUAUGCCUUCUCAUAUCCCUAUGAUGGGCCUCACGCAGAGGAUCCUUCCUUUGGGCUGUCAGACUUCACCGAGUCUUCAUGGGCCAACUACGUGAAGCUGUGGAACGCUUACAUGAAUCAGGAAUGCGCCACCGCUCUUGGGAAUUUUUCGUGGGCCUGUAUGGUUUCCAACUACUCGUUUCCAUUUGUGAAAUCGCCGAUGUUCGCUGCUGAAUCCUUGUCCGAUCAAGCGCAACUGCAAUGGCACAAUCGCAUCCCCAUGAGUGUUAGUUAUUGGUCCAAGGAAGUCUACGAUUACAUCCAUGAAUAUCAACAGAAUAUGACACAGGCCUUGCAUGCUUUUUAUUCCUCUGACGUCAAGCACAACGGAGUCUUUGCUCCCGCCUGCUUCAUUCACGACAACUUCACAGUGGGUCAGCCCGUCAUCGACGGCCUGGGCUUCAAGGACGUCAUCGCUAACUGGCUGGGUAUCUCUGAAGGACCGAAAGUUCUCUUCGACCGAUGCGGCAGCAUGUGCAACCCGUCCUGUCAGACUGGCCCCGCCUUCGAUCCCUCCGAUGCCCCCGCGCGACAGCGACAGAGGAGCAGGAGGGCGCACAGGCGGAGGGAAAGAGGGCGACUAAGAGUCCUUGAGGAAGCUGUGUUGAGGCGAUUCUGGACGGAAAUCGAUUCUUUGCUUCAAUCUUGGUGAUUCUCUCCCUAGCCAAGAGAUGAUUUUUCCGAGAAUGAUUGAACAUUAACAUGAAACAUAAACAAGGUCUCAAUCUUCAAACAU